AAGUGCACAACUGUUGCGGAACAGCUGUCAGCCGAGCAGUGUUUACAUUGCUUGUAUUUUAUUUACUUGAUAAGCGGUUGGAGGCACAAAUAAUUAAAAGUGAUUUUACUGGAAGAAUCAUGGCACUUAUACCGCCGGUAACACGUCUAACCUCCUCGAUAAUACGCAUACUGGGCUGCAAUCCCAGUCCGAUGACACUGCAGGGCACCAACACCUAUUUGUUGGGCAAUGGUAAAAAGCGCAUACUUAUUGACACUGGCGAUGAGAAUGUGCCCCAGUAUAUUGAGCACUUGAAUGGAGUGCUGCGACAGGAGAAGGCCUCCAUUGGCACCAUUAUAUUGACGCACUGGCAUCACGAUCAUGUCGGUGGCGUCAAGGACAUUGUGGGCUCCAAGCUGGCCGACAAGGCGCUCCUCAAUGCAGAUUGCCAGGUGUACAAAUUCAAGAGGAGCGACGACAGCGAUCUCUGCCCUGAGAUACCAAGUCACAUCAAAGUGCAGCCUCUCGAGGAUAGCCAGGAGUUUGCCGUGGAUGGCGCCAAGGUGCGCAUUGUCCAUACGCCAGGACACACCACAGAUCAUGUUGUGCUCACCACAGACGAUGGAACGCUCUUUAGCGGCGAUUGCAUAUUGGGCGAGGGCACCGCUGUCUUUGAGGAUCUAUUCGAUUACAUGCGCAGCUUGGAUAAAAUACUGAAAAUACAACCGCAACGCAUCUAUCCAGGACAUGGCAAUGUCAUUGAGGAGCCGCUGGGCAAGAUUGAGUAUUAUAUACAACAUCGCAACCAGCGGGAACAGCAGAUAUUGCAGUUCUUUGUGGAGCGUCCUCUGCAGCCUUGGGAGGCCAUGGAUGUGGUUAAAGUGGUGUACAAGGAGACACCUGAACAAUUGUGGCCAGCGGCUGCCUACAAUGUGGAUCAUCAUCUCAGCAAACUACACAAGGAGGGGAAGCUCCAAGUCGCCAGCGAAAAGGAUGACACCAAGUUGUAUUCUUAUCAAGCAAACAGCGCACUUUAAAUUUAACAUAUUUUAUUUCUAUUAUCUCUUUUGUUUGUAAAUGAGUUUAUACGUUAAAUAGACUGAAAGUCGAGUUGAAAAGGAAAUUGUUUCAUAUUACUAAAUAUAUACACCAUUUGCUCAUAAAA